AUGGGUUUUAUUAGAUCACCUCCUACAGUCUCAACUCUAUAUUUCUUAUGGUUAUUUUCUCUCCUUCUGGGCUUCUUUGUACUUUUUUCUUCAGCAUCAUUUGAGGCAAUCCCCAGACUUCGUCCCUUUAAAAAGUAUAAUUUUAAAAGCCCUGAUAGCGUUAAAUUGUCACGGACAUUGAGUGACUUCAGCACAUUUUUUUACAAUCAAACCCUAGAUCACUUCAACUAUCGUCCAGAAAGCUAUGUUACCUUUCAACAGAAAUACGUUAUAAAUAGUAAAUACUGGGGUGGUGCUGAUGCAGCUGCACCAAUCUUUGUCCUUUUGGGUGAUGAGGGUCCCAUAGAGGACGAUAUCGAAGGGAUCGGGUUUCUCCCAGAAAAUGCAGCCAGUUUCCGUGCUUUACUGAUUUACAUAGAGCAUCGGUUCUAUGGGAAAUCAGUACCAUAUGGAUCAAAGAGAGAAGCAAUGAGAAACGCCUCAAUCCGCGGGUACUUCAACUCCGCUCAAGCGUUGGCUGAUUAUGCGGAGGUGAUUAGGCACUUAAAGCAACAGCUAUCGGCUGAUAGCUCCCCAGUGAUUGUCAUUGGAGCUUCUUACGGCGGAAUGUUAGCAGCAUGGUUUCGACUGAAGUACCCUCACAUGGCGCUUGGAGCACUAGCCUCAUCAGCCCCAAUUCUUUAUUUUGACAAUAUUACUCCAGAGGACGGGUAUUCUUCUGUUGUCACCCGGGAUUUCAAGGAAGCAAGUGAAAGCUGCUACAAUACCAUAAGAAAAUCGUGGUCCCAAAUUGAUAAAUUCGCAGCGACACCCAAUGGACUCUCCAGGCUCAGCAAAAAAUUCAAAACUUGCAAGCGACUCAAGAAUACUGAAGAGCUUAAUGAGCAUUUAAGGAACGCAUAUUCAGCUGCUGCACAAUAUGACGAACCCCCAGAGUUCCCUGUGACAAAGAUGUGCAAAGCCAUUGAUGGAGCAGCGUCGAAUGGAAUCGACAUUCUGGGGCAGAUAUUUGCAGGAAUGGUUGCUUUCGACGGGAACAAGUCAUGCUAUGAUCUUGAACCAUACUUCUCUUCAGAAACCAUAAAUGGCUGGGAUUGGCAAACAUGCAGUGAUAUAACCAUACGGAUGGGCAGAGGGAACAAUACACUGUUUGGGGCAGCAGAUCCAUUUGACCUGAACAAAUACUUGAAGUACUGCAAGAACAAAUAUGGAGUCACCCCUCGCCCACUGUGGAUCACUACUUACUAUGGUGGCCAUCAUAUAAAACUGAUACUGAAGAAGUUUGGGAGCAACAUCAUAUUCUCCAAUGGCCUUCGAGACCCUUACAGCAGUGGCGGGGUGUUGGAAGACAUAUCAGAUAGUGUCGUAGCAGUGUAUACAGUUGAAGGAUCUCAUUGCUUGGAUGUAUCGGCAGCACAAAAGAAUGACCCCAAUUGGUUAGUCCUACAGCGCUCCAAAGAGGUCCAGAUUAUCAAGGGAUGGAUUCUUAAGUAUUAUGAAGAUCUGCAUCAAACUUCUUAACUCUUAGCUAAACCCACCCAUCAUGCAUAUGCAUAAAUAUGUGGACAAUAUAUGAUGGGGAACCUUAUGUCUUAUUCGGCCCUAUGUCAAUGGUCAUAUAUAGAUAUAUAUCGUAAGUAGGGACACUUGAGCAUGAUAUAAGAUGUGUCCAUGUCAAAUACCAACAUUCUGGAGCACUUCACAAAUAUACCACGACGAUUAGCGUUAAGUUUGUUUUUGCAUACACUCAUUUGCUCUAGGUCUAGGUACAUAUAUGUUUCCAUCUCCAAAUGAUUAUAUGGAUCGUUCUUAAAGGUUCAAAUAGACAACAUGCAUUCGUAGACUAGUGCGUCAGACACAAAAGUCCUACUAUUUCUAUCUGCCAAAACAUGUCCAAGUAGAUUUCUAAUAUUUUUACUUCUAAAAACAAAACCCAAAAAUAAACUCUUGAUCAGUUCUGCUCUGUGAUUGUAAAUAAUUUAGUUUUAAAUAAAAUCAACAAUUAACUGAAGCUAAGAAGUUUACUAAAAUUACAUUAGGUAAAACUGAAACAAGGCCAGACAGCACCAGCAGCAUUUGUUUUCUCGAUAUUUUCCUCAGAAAAUAAUCCUAGUUGUGCUGAAAGACUCGGAACAGCCGGACAAAAAUCUAAAAACUUGAAGAAAGAGGAUCUUCAUGGGUUGUCCUCAAUCCUACCACUUGCAACAGGCUUCACUGGACUUGAUCUAAACAACUCCUUACAUGUCCAGUGGUCCAAAUGGUCCCCACAUAUUUUGAUCAUCAGACUGCGGAUCUCCUAAAAUAGCUUCAAUAUUUGGUCUUGCAGGUUGAGUUUUCCUAAGAGGGAAGUUCCAAAAUGAAUCGGAGUUCUCAAAGAAUAUGUAGAACACAACAGUUGAUGCCAAAAAGAGUCCCAAAAGCAGCAAGUAGAUCUGCCAUUCU